AUUCAAUUACAUUAUAAAAUUUAUGGACAAAGUUUAUUAGAUAAAUUUCAUCCAAUUGCAUCAAAUGGUUUAUCCACUGAAUUAGAUCCAUCAUCGGAUGAUAAUAAUAAAGAUAAUUCAAAUAUAUUAAAUGAAAGUGAUAUUCUAUUAGAAACACCUGAAGCUUUAGCUUUACAAAAAACACAAGCUGAAUUACGUAGUAAAUUAAAACAUUUAUCAACAAUACAUGAAAAACAAAUGAAAUCACUUCCUAAAGGUGUAAGUGCCUUGCUAAUUUCUGAUUUCAAUAUGUUGAAGUCUGAUUUUUAUGAGAGAAGAGUUUUAUGCUGUUUAACAAAUUGUCUUCAGAGUAAUAUUGUAUUGUGA